AUGGCGUCAGCAAAGAAGAUCGUUGUGAUUGGCGGCACUGGCAUGUUUGGCGGUUCGGUCGCUCGUUCACUGAAAGACAAUCCCGAGUUCGAAGUUGUGUUGACAACGCGCGAUCCUAACUCGCCCAAAGCCCGCAAGUGUCGCGAGCAGGGAUUUUUGUUGGUAAAGGCCGACUCCUGGAAUGCAGCCGAGCUGGAUUUAGUGUUCGCGGGCGCCUAUGGAGUGUUUCUCAACACAGACUCAGACGACCCAAACUUUAAGAAUGAGGUCGGACCACCGGAAUCCGCCAUGGGCAAGAUUGUGAUCGACGCUGCCAUCCGUCAAAGUGUUAAAUACUUUGUUUUCUCAGGACUGCCACAGUCUGACCGCGUUACGAACGGGGAAGUGUCUAUCCUGUCCUUCGACAACAAGAGCGCCAUUGCCAACUACGGACGAAAGGCUGGGUUUGAAGCCUUUGUUGAGGUCAAUGCUGGCUGGGCCAUGGAUGUUUUCUUUAUGGAGACGUACGCGAAGGCAUUCGGUGGAUUCGCGACUAUUCCAGACGCAGAAGGCUUUCUUAGUUUGAAGGUCUUCCCUAUGGGCAAUGACCCGGAGAAAAUUCCAUGGACCUCCGUGAGAGACGAUUACGGCGAUGCUGUACAUGCUGUCCUCUUGGACCCAUCAAAAUAUGCGAAUCGCAUUAUCUGGGCCAUAUCUGAGGCAGCCGGCUUCCAAGACGUGGUUGACAUCUACAAUCGAUUGACCGGUACACAAGCAGCUAGAUUUGUACCGCAAACCGAGCCUCUCAAAGCUGGCACCCCCGGCAAAACCAAGGAAGUUAACGGACUGCGCAACUAUUGUCACUAUACCCAGGGGAAAUACUGCAACAACCAGGCUACUGAUGAUCAUUUGCUCGAAGAAAUGAGAACACUCAAAGCGCUUGUAACCAAAGCGCGAGGAAGAGGACAUGCGUCUACUCAGACCAUUGACGGCUUUCUAUGCGACAAAGUGCCCGUGAAAUUGCAACCAUCCUUGCCGAAAAUUUGA